AUAUUCUUGUGGUUCUUAAUUUGGUGAAUGAGGCAUAACAUCUGUGAUCAGGGAAGUAAAGUCGUUGGUACCCGGUUCAUGAGUUGGAUGUGUCGAUAGGUAGGAUCCAGUAGUGGGAGCUGCCUCCCUGGCGCCGUUAGCAUUGGUGCUCAGCACGGAAAACAAGGUCGACGGAAAACAAAUCAAGAAAAACAAAUUUGGUGAACAAAAUUGUGCUCAGAAGAAAUCAAAUUAGUGGAAAUAACGAAGCGUUUCAGUGUAUAGUGAAACUAAGUGGUACCACAGUGCUCCAUAAACCACUGCAAAAGGAAGUGAUCGUUCAGACGUUUGCUUACGGUUUACCUUCGUGACUUGGCGGAAAGUACCUUGAGGUGAUUCAAAAUGCUGAACCUAAUACAACACGGAACAUAUGAAAGAAGAAGCAGAACAGGCUACCACGGUGAAGUAUACCAAAAACAAAUUUCAAUCGCGCUUUUUCUACGGAUGCAGAGAAAAAGUUUCAGAUUGGCAUAUGAAAUGACACUAGCCGACAAGUAUGAUGACGUAGUGAUCUUUGACGAUAAGCGUAAGGUGAUACACUUCCUCCAGGUGAAGCACGCCCUUGCCAGAGAUGGCAUGGUAAAUGAUAUCGAUUUGAAUGCACUAAAAGAUCAACACAACGGAGACUUCAGUAUUUACAAAUACCUGGAAUCCUAUCUGAAAGUUGUUGAAAAUUUUCAGAAAGACCAAUACGAAAAGCAGUUCUAUAUAUUUACUAAUAGGGAUUUAAAAAUCUCCGAUGACGAUUGGGUGACGACUAAAGAGGUAGAAGUAGAUGAAAUCCUACGAUUUCCUGGAUCCAAGGCCCGACACCUGAAACUGGUUCCAACCAAAGAAGCGAUUAGGGAGUUGAGCGAUUUUAUCAACAAAGAUUUCGCAAACCUUAAAGAGGCAAUCAAAGAGCUUUUCAUCAAUGGAACCGUCAGUAAAAUUUUAGAAACCUAUAGUACUCCUCUGAAAGACGUUUUAACAAUAAAAAAAAAGAAAUGCAGUUUUUUAGAUACCUUCAACUCGGAAAGCGAGCAAUUCAAUGUUGCCCAACUAUUUAAUGCUCUAGAAAAAGAUAAGUUUGAUAUGAAGAAGACAGUAAGAGUGAAUAGCUUUUUACUCAAAAAUUCAAGGGUGCAACAUUUGCCACGUUAUGUUAGUGAGGAGGAAAUUUUGCCAUUCUUCGACGACUUUUCUCUAUUGGUGGGUCAACCAUAUGAUUUAUACCCAAUUAUUGAAAGCGAGCUGUGGACGUGGUGUGAGACGUGGAUCUGUCCUGAUAUACUCAGAAAACUGAGUAACAUCGAUCUGAUAUUUAGAGAUCUAGAAUUAAAAUUUGACCAACUCAAUAAACGCAAAAAGAAUAAAAUGAAGGCAAUUUUGAAACAAAGUGAUAUACUAAACUGUCUUAGUGAAAUUAGAAAUGAUAACGAGAACCUUGAAGGUAAGGAAGCAAAACAAUUGCAAAAAUAUUACAUCAAUCGCCGUAUUAUAUACACAUAUAGUAAACCGACCAAUGCCAAAGAUGUCUUAGAAGUUGAGAAAACAGGUAUGAAAGACAACAUUCAGGAACUUUCACGACAGAUGAGUGACGCUCAGUUUGUUGAAGAGCUUGGGAAAACAUUUGAAGACCAUCAGAUCAUCGUACUUCUGGCAGACCCUGGAAUAGGGAAGACAAGCUUGCUUCAGUUUGUAGCGUUUGAAGUGCAGAAGCAAAAUACUGUCCUUGUACUGUUGGUAUACUUAAGCGAGUUGGUGAUGGAGCUCGAAAAAGUAGAACACAUUUCAAGCUUGGAUGAUGUGCUUAAUGUCCUCAAAGUGAUCCUUUCAAAACGAUAUUUCGAUGUCAUUAAAAAUGCCCCAGAUGAAAGGGAUGGUCAAGGCUAUUCCAUUCUUAUAGAGAUGGAUGGCUUCGACGAGAUCCACUCCAAGUACACCAACAGAGUGAUUGAGAUGCUGGAACAACUCAAGUUAAAAGAGAGCAUUCGAAUCAUUAUCAGCGCCAGAAAACAUAUGCAAUUAUCAUUAGAGGAGCAAUUUAAUGUAAGAUCUAUGUUUCUGGAGCCGUUCUGUGUGGAAGAGCAAAUCAACUAUUUGAGAAAGAUGUGGUACGACCCAGAUCUAGAUGAACAUUGCUUUGAUAGCUACUCGAAUCAUAUUUUAAACAAAUUUAAAUCAACUAUCCCUUCAAAUUUUGGUGAAAUUUGUGGCGCGCCUCUCAUGGUAAAUAUGCUGGGAGAAGUUUAUUUAGAAAAAUUUAAAAAUUACCAUUCAUUGAAGAAACAGAACACAAAUCAGUUCAUUGAUCUGACUAAAGAAAAAAUGAAUAUUACACAGCUGUACAAACAGUUUGUAAGAAAAUGUUUUCACAAGAAAUUAAUGGAAAAAUUCAAGCCCAAAUCUGCUCUGAGCGACGCUGAAUUGGAUUCGUUGAUGGGUGAUUUUAUUUUGAAGCAUCAGUUGUUAGCUAUGGAGCUGCUAAACAUUGGAGUACGUAAGGAAUUGUUCAAAAAUCAAUAUUAUAGAGAAAUACACGGUCAAUUUAAAAAACGAUGCGAACAUGAAUCAGAUACAUCACAACUGGUUCAUGUAGUCCAACAGAAGGUUGAUUUUUGCCAUCGGUCUUACAGUGAAUACUUUGUGGCAACAUAUCUGUGCGACAACAUUUUUACGUUGUCAGGAGAAAUUGUCAUACACAUUUUGUCUACAAAUCAUGGUGUUCGAAGAUUUUCUAUGACCAAGAUGGAAGGAAACCAGGCAUACCUAACGAUCUUAAGUAAUCUGUGUAAAAAAAACUGGGAGAUUGCACUUUGGGCAUGUGAGUGUGACUGUUUGAGUAUCAUUUCCUCUUUUGAACCAAAUUUUAAAUCAUUCUCAACAAAAAACCUAACAGCUAUGUUACUGGUUGCUGCGCAAGGUGGGUUUGUUGAAAUAUGUGAAUUCUUAAUAAAGAAUAAAGCUGACGUGAAUUCAGUGGAUAAAACACAAAGGACUGCUCUCCAUUUAGCAGCACUCAAUGGUCAUAAGAACGCUGCAGAACUCUUGAUAUCAAACAAUGCUGACGUGAAUGCAGUGAAUGAAUAUGGACGGACUGCUCUUCAUUUAGCAGCUCAAAAUGGACACGAUCAGUUGAUCCAAUUGUUGAUUGAAAGAAAAGCCAAUGUUAACAUUUGUUCAAAAACCGGUAGAACUCCACUUCAUAGCGCAGCACUCAAUGGUCAUAAGAACGCUGCAGAACUCUUGAUAUCAAACAAUGCUGACGUGAAUGCAGUGGAAGAAGAUGGAUGGACUGCUCUUCAUUUAGCAGCUCGAAAUGGACACGAUCAGUUGAUCCAAUUGUUGAUUGAAAGAAAAGCCAAUGUUAACAUUUGUUCAAAUACCGGUAGAACUCCACUUCAAAACGCAACACUCAAUGGUCAUAUGAACGCUGCAGAGCUCUUGAUAUCAAACAAAGCUGACCUAAAAAUGGACACGAUCAGUUUAUCCAAUUGA